UCCAAACUCCGGCAUGUUCUCGACGCUCUAUUUCUUCUCUCAGCUGAUUGUGACGUAAUGCGCACAGUUUAGACAGCACACAAAGACGAAACGCGGCCUAAGAACCGCAGGUUUCCCCCACCUUGCCACCGGUGGAGAGUACCGAAAGGCUGUCUUCCAUGCUGAGGGGGCGGUGGAGAGACAUUUUAGGGAGGAGACUCUUCAAGAGACACCGCUAUCUCUCUGUCAACAACGGCCGCUUCUGACAGGCGGACACGGGUUGCGGGGGCAUGCUGGAGCCUAUCCCAGCUGACUUCGGGCGACAGGUGGGGUACACCCUGGACUGGUCGCCAGCCAUUCACAGAUUCCAUCCCAGGAGCGGCGUCGAGAGGGGUGACAGGAGGCGACAUGGUGGAUUACUACAACAUCUUAGGAGUAUCCAAAACAGCCUCUCAGGAUGACAUCAAGAAGGCCUAUAGGAAACUGGCACUAAAAUGGCAUCCUGACAAAAAUCCAGACAAUAAAGAGGAAGCGGAAAAGAAGUUUAAGGAAGUGGCGGAGGCAUAUGAAGUGCUCUCUGACCAGAGUAAACGUGACGCCUAUGACAGAUAUGGAAGUGAUAGAAUGAGACACUCAGGCUCAUACAGCCCAGACUUUCCUUCAGAUUUCCCAGGGUUCAACUUCACAUUCCGCAGCCCAGAUGAGGUUUUCCGAGAGUUUUUUGGAGGCCAGGAUCCUUUCGCCAGCUUCUUUGAUGAAUUCUCAUCAUUUGGCGGUCCGUCUUCCCGCAUGGGGCCCAGUCGGUUCUUUUCGUUCCCUUCAGCAGGAGCUGAAUUUACAUCAUUUUCGUCCAUGGGUGGUUUUCCUGACAUGGGCAGCAUGGGCGGAGGCAAUUUCAAGUCUGUGUCUACGUCCACUCGCAUCAUAAACGGCAAACGCACUACCACCAAGAAGAUUAAAGAGAACGGACAGGAAAGAACAGAGAUCGAGGAAGAUGGCGUCUUGAAGACUGUGCUCAUUAACGGUGUGGAGGAUGACAUGGCCCUUGCACUGGAGCUGAGCAAACGAGAGGGCCUGCCUCAUCAAACAUCGUCAAAUCCUUCAAUCCAAAACAGAUCACCCGUCGACGCUGGAAGAACCCGGUCCGGUUCACAUUCUGCAGGCACGCACCGUUCAUUUAGCGCCACCCCCUUCUACCACUACGGAGGCAUUGACGCCGGCGAGCAAGAUGAGGACGAUGAAGAUCUGCAGAUGGCACUGGCGUGUAGCUUGUCAGAAAUGGAAGCCCAGCAGAGAACAGCUGCUCCCGACUUCAUAUCAGACUCAGACUUUGAGGCCUUCACCAGCUAACCUGAUCGGCUCGCGCUGCAAACAUGCUCCCCAUCUUUCGGCCCAUGAUCUGUCUCUCUGCUCACCAUGGUUUGUACUGGUUACAAAAGUCUGCUUUAUACUGUACAGUAUGGAUGUCUGUGAAUGAAGGGGGAACGACUGGAAUUUGCUUGGAUCAUCUCUGAAUCGAACGAUUCGUGCUGUGUUGUAACGAAUUUUGUGAAGAGAAAAAAACAUCUACAGGCUACGAGAAAAUGUAUCUCAACAAUUAUAAGUUAAUACCAAAAUUAUUUUAACAUAUAAGAUUAUCUUCA